UGCAGACAAAUGCAUUUAGGAGCUCAAAGGACAAGGAGUGGAAGCAUCUCUCCCACGACACAAACGAAGACCCUUUUCCUACUUACACUAUGUAUAGCUGUGGGUUGUGUGCAAAGACAGCAAGAAGGCAUAGAUGUUCUCCGUCAUUUAGGCCUAAGUGGGCAAACUAUGCAUCAUCCAACAACAGGGCCUUUGAUACGUCUGUCACAUGCUUCAUCACCUCAAGGGAUUCACCUAACUGCAUUUGGAGUUCUUUUAUCCAUUCAGACAGCCAUUGAAGUUCCCAUCUCUCAAGUGGGGGCAUCAGCUUUAGGUUCCAAUUUUGCCAUACUAAUUAGCUUACGUUCUUACAAAGUAAACAAUGCCUUUCUUUUCAGUAUUAGGAAUAAAAACAGACUGCAGUUUGGUAUACAGCUGCUACCAAGGAAGAUAAUUGUGCACACUGGAGGCAAGCACUCUGUAUACUUUGAUUAUCGGGUUCAUGAUGAGCAAUGGCACACAUUUGCUAUUGAUGUUACAGAAAAAUCAGUCUCCCUAUAUACCCAAUGUGGAAGGAAACACUUCAGCAAGGAGAUUCUUUCCAAAGUACAGUUUGAUUCACAUAGCUUAUUUACCUUAGGAAGAAUGAACUUCCAGUCAGUCAACUUUGAAGGUGUGUUAUGUCAGUUGGAUAUUAUCCCCUCUGCACAAACCUUGACAAACUAUUGUAAAUAUGUGAAACUACAAUGUCGCCAAGCUGAUACAUACUGGUUUCAUACAAUUUCUCCAAGCGAGGAAAACUCAAGCAAGCUGUUGGAUGAAGUAACCCAACCAUUAAGUAAAAGAAAAGGUACAUUAAAUCUUCACGUCAGUAAGUCAGCAUUGGUCAAAGAUCCUCAAGAAUUGAUGCAGACAACUUCUUCCUUGACUCCUCUUUACUUAGGGAAUAUUACUGCCUUGUCAGAACCAAAUGACCAGCAAAUUGUGAAUGUCUCCAAAAAACACCAACAUUAUGUCAGCAAAAGGAAAGGGGAUUCCUUGCCUCUCACAAAAUUAACUUUAAAUUAUACAGACUCUAUGACAGAAAAUAUGAAAAGAAAAAUGAAUUCCAGUUUGCUGUUUUCCAUAAAGCAGCCUAAUGCCAAACAUAUGAUGAAAAAUACAUCAAAGCCAUAUUUAUAUGAACUAAUGGAUAUGCAUCCGUUUUUAAAUACAACAUUGCACGAAGAUUUUCAUUCCGAACCUUUAAUUAACCAGUUUAGCUCAUGGGAUGAGCAUACAGUUCAGACUGAUGAGAUUUAUAAUGCUGAAGGCAAUUACGAAUUUGAUGCUGAUUAUUAUGAUUAUGAUUAUGAAGAAUGGGAGAGACUACUUGACAUGGAAAAUCUUAAGGGGCCUAAAGGAGAUCCUGGACAGGUGGGACCCCCAGGUCCUCCAGGAUCACCUGGCCCAGCAGGAAAGCGAGGCCCAAGAGGUAUUCCAGGUCCACAUGGAAAUCCUGGGCUACCAGGUUUGCCUGGUUCAAAGGGCCACAAAGGUGAUCCAGGGUUUUCCCCAGGAAAAGCAAAGCGUGGAGAAAAAGGUGAUGCAGGACUAACAGGAUUACCUGGCAUAGAGGGCCUCAAAGGUAGAAAGGGUUUAAUGGGAUAUCCAGGACCAAGAGGGAUACAAGGGGAGCAAGGAAUUCUAGGAAUGACUGGCAACCCUGGGGCUCUUGGUUACCCUGGCAGGCAGGGUUUAGCAGGACCCGAAGGUAACCCAGGCCCUAAAGGUGUAAGAGGUUUCAUUGGACCUCCGGGAGUGGCUGGGAAUCCUGGACCUGAGGGAGAAAGAGGUAUUCCAGGUUUACCUGGAAAAAGAGGUAUAAAGGGGAGAAUAGGAUUGCCAGGUGAUUUUGGAAACAGAGGCCCUCCUGGUCCUGACGGAAGCCCUGGAAAUGUUGGUGGAGUUGGUCCUCCUGGAUUUCCUGGACUUAGAGGUAUUGUGGGAAAAGCUGGACCAUCUGGACUUCCUGGGAUUCCUGGACCUCUGGGUCUUCCAGGGAGUAUGGGGCAACCUGGAUUGAAAGGUGAUAAGGGUGAACAAGGCAUUACAGGAGAGCAAGGAGAAGUGGGGUAUCCAGGAGACAAGGGUGCUGUUGGUUUGCCAGGGCUUCCAGGAAAUAGAGGAAAACCAGGUCCCUCGGGCAAAAUGGGAGAUCCAGGACCUCAGGGACCAUCAGGCCCACCUGGACCAGAGGGUUUUCCAGGAGAUAUUGGUAUACCAGGUCCAAAUGGUCCAGAAGGCCCAAAGGGGUUUCUAGGUGACAGAGGUCCUCUCGGUCCAUCUGGUCCCAAAGGAGUUGAGGGAGAAGAAGGACCUGUUGGGCCAACUGGAGUAACUGGACCAAGGGGGAAACCUGGAAGGAAAGGUUUUGCAGGUGAACCAGGAUUAGAAGGCCUGAAGGGAGAAAGAGGAGACCAAGGAGUUCUUGGGAAAACCGGUGAAACAGGACCUAUUGGCUCACCUGGUGAAAUUGGAUUAUCUGGGGGACCUGGUGAGAAGGGAGACAGAGGUAAUCCAGGCCCAGUGGGCCCUCCUGGAGAAAAGGGUGUUAUGGGAUACCCAGGUCCACCAGGUGGCCCUGGUGAUGUAGGGCCACAGGGGCUACCUGGCCCAACAGGAGCACGAGGACCUCCUGGACCACAGGGUUCUAAAGGUCAAAGAGGACCACGAGGUCAAGAUGGCCCUCUUGGAGAGCAAGGGACAGAAGGUAUUAAGGGAGAAGUUGGUGACUCUGGGAAAAAAGGCAUUCAUGGACUCAUUGGAAAAGCUGGAAUCCCUGGAGAAAGAGGCAGUCCAGGAGCACCAGGUUUGCCUGGCCUUCCUGGAAGUAUAGGAGAUAGAGGGCCUUCAGGUGAACCAGGACCGAGGGGAGAACAAGGUGAUGCUGGUCCUGUAGGUGAAGCUGGCUUUGAGGGAUCACCUGGCCCAGAGGGAGAGCCCGGACCACAAGGAGAACCAGGCACAAAGGGAGAUUCUGGACCAGUUGGCAAUAUUGGAGCAGCAGGUGAACAAGGUAUAAGAGGUAUUCGAGGACCACCAGGAGAAGAUGGUGUUCAAGGAAAAGAUGGAUUAAAGGGCAGUUUAGGAGACCCUGGCCUUCCUGGAGAAGAUGGUGAAAAAGGAAAAAUUGGAAUUCCCGGGCUUCCUGGCCCUCCAGGUGAAGCUGGAAUCAGAGGCAUUCCAGGUCCUGAGGGAACUCAAGGAAGUCCAGGUCAAAGGGGUCGUCCAGGAAAGAAGGGUCACACAGGACUUCCAGGACUGAGAGGUGCUAUUGGACAACAAGGACCACCAGGUGAGCCAGGUGAACAGGGUGAGCAAGGACCAAAAGGAGAAAGAGGAUCUCAAGGUCCUACUGGAAAAAAAGGAUCAAGUGGUCAGCCUGGGAAGCCUGGAAUGCCUAGUGAACCUGGUCCUGUUGGUCAGAAAGGCGUAGCUGGCAACCCUGGACCAGAAGGUGUACCUGGCAAUCCUGGAAGAUCAGGUUUACCUGGACAGCAGGGCCUUCCUGGUACUAGAGGAAGCCCAGGAAUAGCUGGACUAGCAGGAUAUCCUGGGAGUCAUGGACCCAAAGGUUCACCAGGUGUGCCAGGAAGCCCCGGCCUCCCAGGACUAAAGGGUGAACAAGGGCUUCGGGGACAUCCAGGAAAGCAAGGUAGAAGAGGACUUCCAGGGACACAAGGUGAUCAAGGCCCCCCAGGACUUCCUGGCCAGAAAGGACUCGCCGGAGAAUUUGGAGAUCAAGGUUUGAUGGGAUUUCAAGGAUUUCCAGGUCCCAAGGGCCCUGAAGGUGAUCAUGGUUUAAUUGGAAUUUUGGGACCAAAAGGCCCAAUAGGUGAAAUAGGAAACACAGGCCCUGUAGGUUACGAAGGUAUUGUUGGCCCAGCUGGCAAACCUGGAUACAGGGGAGAAAAGGGAUCCAGAGGUGAAAUUGGCCCUCAAGGACCCCGCGGUCGUCCAGGUCUGCCUGGUCCCCCAGGAGCACCUGGACCAAGAAAACAAAUAGACAUGAGUGCCACUAUUCAAGCCUUGCUUGAAUCAAAUGCUGCCUUAGAAAUGGAGAAUUAUCAGAACACUGAAGUGACAUUCUUGGAUCACAGUGCCAAAAUAUUCAAAACACUACAUUAUCUGAGCAAUUUGCUCCAUAGCAUCAAAAACCCGUUGGGAACCCGAGAUAAUCCAGCACGUAUCUGCAGAGAUUUGCUCAACUGUGAACGUAAAGUGUCUAAUGGAAAAUAUUGGAUUGAUCCAAAUAUUGGGUGUCCUUCAGAUGCCAUUGAGGUUUUCUGCAACUUCACUGCUGGUGGCCAGACAUGUUUAUCUCCUGUAUCUGUCACAAAGUUGGAAUUUGGCAUUGAAAAAGUACAGAUGAACUUCCUUCAUUUACUUAGUUCAGAAGCAACCCAUACUAUUACAGUUCAUUGCCUGAAUACCCCUGUGUGGAAAACUAAUGAACUACAUGAACAGAAAUCUUCUCUGAUCUUCAAAGGAUGGAAUGGUGAUAUAUUUGAAGCAAACACGCUGAUUGAACCAAAAGUUAUAAUGGAUGGAUGCAUGAUUCAAGAUGGCAACUGGCACAAAACUCAAUUUUUUUUCCACACUCAAGAAACCAAUCAACUACCGGUUGUUCAGGUUCGUCCAUUUUCUCAUCUCAAUCAGGGACAACAGCGAUACAUAGAAAGUGGCUUGGUGUGCUUUCUCUAGAAUUUUGAGUAAACCUCAUAUCGCCAUAUACAGGACACAAGAAAUAAUUACGAAAAUGUGGAACAAUUGUACAGCAACAUGCUGGUGAUUUCUUAAAGAAUCUCAGGAAGAAAAAGACUUCCUCCUAUGAAGGAGAAAUGGCUUCAGAAACUUUGACAACAUUACUAAAAUAUUUAAUUUUUGGUUGGUGCUUUUUAUGAUAUUCUCUGAACCAAAGAAUAUGCAAAUAUGGAAAUUCUUCUUGAUUUUAUUAACAGCACUGUCCAGGACACCUUAAAGAAAGAUGGAAGAAUGCAGUAAAAAGGAGCAGUAUGGUUUUAUGCUCCCAAAUGUGCAAUAGCUUAUGUUAUACUGACAAUGAGUUACGCCACCAUAAAAUCCCUUAAACACUUUAGUUGAAUGAUGGUCCUUUUCGGACACAAACAUCUUCACAGAUGAUCCACUACCUCUUUUGUGUUUCCUGUUUGUGUGGCCUGGCGCUCCAUAUAUAACAUAAAAGUGUUUUUUUUCCUUUACUUUUUUUUUUUAGGCUGUAUGUGCUGGUUACAUCAAAGGAACUCUUCAUUGUAUAAAAUUAUGUCUUAAAAAUAUUUGGUCACAUUGUUCAUGAUUACUGAAAACAUUAAUUUAUGUGAAAACCUUGUUUGAAAAUAUUUCUGUCUGUAACAUGAAAUGGAUGGGACAGAUAUAUUUGGUGCUUAUAAAAAGAACAGAAUUUUGUACUUGUAGAAGGACUACGUACAAUGGUGUUAAAGAUGUUAACUUUCCAGGGCAAUCUAUAAUUAUAUCUUGUGUAAAUAUUUUGUAACUGUUAAAAAUCUUAAUAUAGCA